UAUAUUAUUCCUUUCCCACUCAUUUGCAUCCUUAUCUUUCUCCCUCAUCAAAAGUCAGCGCCUUCUUUUGUCUUUCUCUCUCUCUUUCUCUUCCUCUGUCCUCAAAGCCAGAGCAAGAGCCAACACAGGUUACAGAGCUUGUCGGAGCACCACCAUGGAGGUCGACUGGGAUCUUCAGGCAGUCGUGAGAGGAUGUUCCAUCACCGGCGCCGGUGUCAGGGCUUCAACUACUACUACUAAUACAACAACCAGUACUUCAACGGCCACACCAGGCUCAGGCUCAGGCUCAGGCUCAGCCUCCUCUGUUUUCACGGCGGACUUUCUAACCACGGCUGCAACAUCCUCUUCCAUGUUAUUUUCUUCUUCUUCGUCUUCUCCAUUCGGUUGUAGUACUAGUUGUAAUAGCAGUAGUAAUAUUAGUGAACAUCAAAGCUCUGGUCAACUCUUUCUUGUUCCAGAUCCCAAUUGUAUGAGACCCAGAAACUUCGUUGUUGAAGAGCUUCAUGAGCUUUACAAGCCUUUCUUCCCUAAAUCUCAAACUCAGAUUCAUACUCCUCUUUCAUCGCUUUCUUCAAUAUGUAGCAGUACUACGAGUACUAGCACUCCUUUUAGGUCAAAUGACCAAAUACGACAACUAAAGCAACCUCACCACCAACACCAACCCAAUACUAAGCAAUCUCAUAAUAAUGGCUCCACCACCACCCCACGAUCCAAAAAGAGGAAGAAUCAGUUGAAGAAAGUUUGCCAAGUACCAGCUGAGAGUCUCUCUUCAGACAUCUGGGCAUGGCGUAAAUAUGGUCAAAAACCCAUCAAAGGCUCCCCAUAUCCAAGGGGAUAUUAUAGAUGUAGUAGCUCAAAAGGUUGUUUGGCCCGAAAACAAGUGGAGCGAAACCGGACUGACCCGGGAAUGUUCAUAGUAACUUACACCGCCGAGCACAACCACCCAGCUCCAACUCACCGUAACUCACUUGCCGGUUCCACUCGCCAGAAACCCUCUACUCCCCCAUCUAUCUCCGGCACCGGUGACUUGAACAAUCAGACCACCAAGACUUCCUCUCCAGCGACCUCAGGUGAAGAAGAGGUCUCUAUUCCUCAAACGCACAGUACAACCACUGAAAGCAAAGAUGGACCCGAGAGUAUUUUAAUGGAUGAUGACGAUGAAGACGAGUUUGGGCUUUCAGAUGUGGCCAUGAGCGAUGAUUUCUUCGUGGGUUUGGAGGGUCUUGGAGGUCCGACCACCGGAGAGUUCUUUUCCGAUAAUUUCCCGACGAGUUUUUCCCUUCCAUGGGUCGCUAACAGCGCCGCCACCGCUGCCGGUGGCCGCUAAGUAUCCGGUACAUUCGAUGACGUUAGAUAUGGGGUUCAAUACAAUGGGAAAUGAUUAAAUGGAGUGGAAUAUUGGGCUAACAAUGAUGAUUAGUGAGAUUAGUGAAGAAAAAAAACAGAGUUGUAAUUAGUCAUUUAAUUAUAUCUUUUGUUAAUUAAUUUAUUUUUGGUUUUGAGUAUAGUUAUAAAAACUAAAUAUUAAUUUUUAAGAAUUAUUAUUUUUGGUUUUAUGUAUUUAGUGCAGCUAGAAUAUCACUUCUCUUGUUCAUCAAACUUUCUAUUCAUUCCCUUUUGUGUAAAAUUUGGAAUCAAACAUGUUACAAUGUUAUCAUUAUUUUGAAUGGAAACUAUUGGUAGUUUUUAUGCACAAU